UCUAACUCUGCACAACCCUUUUAUCUCGACGUCAAAAAAUAUCUGAAAAUACAAAUCACUCUGCCUAACCGUUUUAUCCCGACGUCAAAAAAUAUCUGAAAAUACAAAUCUGUACAUGGCGGGCGGCGGAGCAUCAUCCAACGCGUCGAGACAGAGGAAGAGAGUGGACGCGGAAUCAGACUCUUCGUCUACCUCACUCAAACGCGCCAGAGACGGCAGUGCUUUUACCAAAUGUGAGAAAUGUCAAAAGGAUGUGGCAGUGGCUUUGAUUAGCUUCCAUAACUGUAGCCUUGAUGCUAAAAUCAAAAUGAAGCUAGAGGCGCAGGUUGUGGAAAUGGCUGGGAUCAAGAAGAAGGCAGCAACAGAGAAAAAGAAGGCAAGACAGAUUGAUCCGAAUGCAAAGAAGGAGAAGAAGGCCGAAAAUCCAAAUAGAAAGAAGCGUCCUCCCACUGCAUUCUUAUUGUUCAUGGAUGACUUCAGGAAAUCAUUCAAGGAAGCUAAUCCUGACUGCAAGAAGGUUUCCACGGUUGCAAAGGAGGGUGGUGAGAAGUGGAAAUUGCUGAGUGAUGAUGAGAAGAAGGUAUAUACUGAUAGAGCUGCAGAGCUUAAAGCAGAGUAUCAAAAGGCAUCAGAGGCUGAAAAUGAGCAAGAUGAUAAUGAUUCAACUGAAAAUGAGGCCAAGGAUGAUUCAACUGAAAAUGAAGCCAAGGAUGAUUCAACAGAAAAUGAGGCCAAGGAUGAUUCAACUGAAAAUGAGGUCAAGGAUGAGUCAACUGUAAAUGAGGCCAAGGAUCAAACAAAUGAUUCAUCUGAGAAAGAGAUUAAGGUGGAAAAACAUGAUAUAACUGAGGAAGAUGUCAAAGAGGAAGAAAUAGAAGAUGAUGAAUAGUCCACCAGGGCCUUUGAAUGCUGAAUUUAGGAAAUUAGGAUAGGUUUUUAGGCCUCAUCGAUGCUCAGUUUUUUCAAGCUUCUUGUAUAUCUCCACCUUUACUAGUUUACUAGUACUAAUUGUUUUGAGGAAAUCAUGGGAAGGAAAAUGAUGCAUUUGGUGUUUAUCCC